GCCGCAUUCGUGGCGUCACACCUCCCCCUCCAUCCUCCUCUCUUCCUACUUCACUCUUCACUCCCACCGUCAACCUUACUCUAACCUACACUCUCUCCACUGCACUCACAGCAUCCGCCACAAUAUGUCGGAAAAGCACAUCCCAGCGGAGCCUCCUCCGUCCUACGUCCAGGCGACAGGCAGCUCAUCCUCCUCCCGCCCACCCGCCAACUCCUCCUCCUCAUCCUCCUAUCUGCAUGUCCCCCGCAAAGGCAGCUCAAGCGGCAUCUCCCCCGAAGCCAGACGCUCAAUGGAAGACGAGCAACGCUCCCUGCCUCCAGGCUGGGUGCGAACAUUCGACCCGCACUCCAAACACCACUUCUACGUCGACACGACCAAAGAGCCGCCGCGCAGCAUCUGGAUCCACCCCUACGACGACGAAAAGUACCUCUCCACCCUCACCACCGAGGAGCGCGAGCGCGUCGAGCACGAGAGUCUCAAUCGUGGCCAUCCGCCUAGCAAACACGACAUCAUCGCCGCCCACAGCGAUGACGAGGCCCACUCGCCCCCGCACUCUCCUUCCGGCGGCAUCCCUGACGAACUGCCCCCCCGCUCCGACGGCAAAGGCCGCUCGUUCGGCCGCAAGUUCAAGGAUAAGGUCACCGGCUCCACGCACGAGGAGCGCGAGAAGGAGCGUGCGCAGCGCGCCGAAAGGGAGCGGCAGGCGUAUGAAUACCACAAUCGCAUCCGCCAGGCUAUGGCUGUGGCGGAGCAGACCGGCCAACCCCAGCUUCUCGGCAAGGAUCAAGAUGGGAAGGAUGUCUAUGUUGAGCCUCCUAACUAUCGCGGAGGAUACGGAGGUGGGGGGUAUGGGUACAAUCCUUAUCGUGGCGGGGUGUACACCACGCCAAAUGCGAGGUACAUCCGUCCGCCAGACCCGUAUGCUCGUCCCUACGGAUACGGGUACGGUGGGGGGUAUGGUUUGCCGCUAGGGCUGGGGCUUGGUGGUGGAUUGCUGCUGGGUGGUGCGUUGGGCGGCUUUGGUGGCUUUGGCUUUAUUUGAGAUCACAACGGUGGACGGGGAGCGACGACGUGUUUUCCAUACUUCAGACAUACGAUACCAAGGCAUGAAUCGAAUCAACAUCAUUCUGAGUU